AUGCGUCUGCCGUUUGACGCUGCUUAUCAUAACCCUGUGACUUUAUCAUGUGUUCGAGAAGAGAAGCUUGCGGUUUUAUUCAGUCACGACGAAGCAGGUUCAGAGGAGUUUGAGAUGUGGAUUACUACUAAGAUUGAGGCUGAAGAGGUGUCGCGGAGCAAGUUCUUGAGAGUGAUUAACCCUCUGAUUUCAUGUAAUUGUUUCUUCAUUGACGAGGAGAAGAAAGUCGCCAUGGGUUUUGACGAGGUACACUCCAAAACGUUUAACAUCGUUGGAGAGGCUGGAUGCUUUAAAAAGCUGGAACUCGAAGAAUGUUUAGGCAGAGACGUAGACUGGAUGACGAGUGCAUGCUCUUAUGUUCGAAGCCUAGUUAACGUCAAGCAACCUGCUGCAGUAGAAGGUAAAAGGAAGCAACAAAGCGAGUUUGAAAAGCAACGGUAUGAUCAAAACAUGGGGAGAAUUGUUGGACUUAAAAGCGUAGUAGGGUUUGGCAAGCUGUAA